CGCAUUUUCAUCUGCCUGUCCUCGCAAAGCCCUCUCUCCCGCCCCCCUUGAAAUAACCUGGCUGCGCGCCUCGAGAAUCGCGUUCACGAUGGCGUCGGGCCGCGUGCCGAGCUCCACGCCCGUUCCCACCACCGAAGCCGCAGACCCUCCAGCGGCUGGUAGCGCAUCCUCGACCGUGACCGACGAACAAUGGAAGGCCAUGCAAAAUGUGCUGAACGCUGUGUAUGCGCACAGGAUCGAAGACGGCUACGACCCCACGAAGCUCUUCCAUCGCAAAGUGAACAAGCGCGCCCUCCCCGACUACUAUGAAGUCAUAAAGGAGCCGAUGGCGUUGAGCAUGAUCAGGACAAAAUUGUCUCAGCAGGACUACCGCGACUUCGCUGAAUUCGUGCGCGACUUUGCUCUCGUCCCCCAUAACGCCCAGGUGUAUAAUAGGCAAGAUUCGCAGGCCUAUGUCGAUGCUUUAGAAGUGAAAAGAGUGCUGGAGCUGGAACUGAAGAAGCUAGUCGAUGAGAAGAUAAUAUCCGAGGAAGUCGCUGCCCUGCCCUACCUUGGAGAGAUCCCCGAGCAGGAUCCACUCCUACCAGAGGAGGAGGAAGAGGAGGAAGAAGAAGACGAAGACGAGGAUGAUGAGGACGAGGAUGAGGACGAAGAAGACGAGGGUAAGCGGCGCAAGAGACGCGGCCCGCGUUCAACCGCAGCCAUCACAAAGCGUGAGGGAGGAGGCAAAUCCAAGGACGAUCUUGCUAAAGACAAUGACCCAGAGUCGAGGAAGAAGCGAGGCCGCCCCCCGCGAGUCGAUACUCCGAUGGAGGCUAGAAUCAAGGCUAUCAUGAAGGGCAUCAGAAAGCCAAGGAACCAGCUCAACAAGCUCAUGGUCAGCGCCUUCGAACGUGUCCCAGAUAAAGCUGUCAUGCCCGAGUACCACGCCGAAAUCAAAAACCCCAUGGCAAUGGACAUCCUCAAAAAAAAGCUCAAGCGGAAGAAAUACAGCUCCGUGGACCACUUCAUGCAGGACGUGGAGCUGAUGUUCGAGAAUGCCAAGACUUAUAACGAGGACGACAGCCAGGUCUACAAGGAUGCCGUAUUCUUGCAAAAGGAAGCGCGCAUUACUGCCAAGCAGGAGAAGGAGAAACCGGAUACUGAGUAUGUGAUGGAGGAGGGACGAAUCCCUAUGCCAAACGGAAUCCUCCACAACGGCGAGCUCUGGAAGGUUGGAGACUGGGUCCAUAUCCAGAAUGCGAAUGACCUGACGAAACCGAUUGUUGCACAAAUUUACCGAACCUGGCAAGACUCGGAGGGUGGGAAAUGGGUGAAUGCCUGCUGGUACUACCGCCCUGAGCAAACAGUGCACCGAUUUGAUAGGCACUUCCUGGAGAACGAGGUCAUGAAGACUGGCCAGUAUCGUGAUCACCGCAUCGACGAGGUGGUAGACCGCUGUUUCGUCAUGUUCUUCACGAGGUACAACAAAGGUCGUCCUCGAGACUUUCCUGCUGACAAGGAAAUCUACGUGUGCGAGGCACGGUACAACGAGGAGAAACAUAAGUUGAACAAGAUCAAAACGUGGGCGAGUUGUUUACCCGACGAGGUUCGCGACAAGGAUUAUGUGAUGGACCUGUUUGAUGCCCCUCGCAAGCUCAAGAAAGUGCCCAGUCCGAUCGCAUAUCUUCUUCGCGACGACCAGAAAGAGACGGAUGAUCUUCCAAAACCCGAGUGGGGUGCUGAGAACGCCCCGCCAAAAAUCGGCGCUGUUCACCGUCGCCCUCGAGAUCCAAAGGAAUCCCCUCCCCCGGAACCAACACCAUCCCCUCCACCACCUCCUCCACCAGCCCCGGCCAUGCCGACUCCUCCCCUGCCUCCUCAGCCUACGAACGGAUAUGGUGGUGAGUCACAGAGGAAUUAUCCCCUUGCCCAAGCUCCUGCUGCGUCUCCAAUGCCUGCUCCGACACCACAACCCCACCACUUGCAGUCCGCGUACACCCCAACUCAUCCUCGACAAUUCCAUACACAUUCAGCGUCUCCGGCACCUCAUGCUUCUCACAUGCCAGCUUCGCAGCCAUCUGGCUAUCAGGCCAUCACCCCGCAUCUGACGUUUUCUACACCGCAAGCACCCGCAGCCAUGCCUCAAUAUGCCACCCCGCGGCCUGCGCCGUCGUAUCAACAACCCGUUGUUCAUCAGGCGCCAGUAGGUUACAAGGCACCACAGCCAGUUGAGGUGUACACUCUGAACGACCAUGCAAAUGCGUCCAUUCCCCCUGAGAUUCGCGAGCAGUUCCAGCGCGACGAUCAAGGUCGAGUUCUCUUCUUCACUGCUCCACCCCUCAAUACUUCACAUAUUGUUAAGAAAGAAGGUUCAGCGCUGGGCCAUUCUGCCGGGUAUCUUGCCGCGAAAGCGAAGCGCGAUGCUCUGAUUGCUGCAAAGCGAAAAGCGCAAGAGGCGGACGCUGCGGAGCGGGAAGAGACGGCGAAGAAGGCACGUUUUGAAGCGGAAGAAAAAUUUAAGAGGGAUGUCGCUGAGCUUGGUAUUAAGGCUAUGAGGGCUCUGGAGAACCAGCUCGCAGCUGCCACGAAGAGAGAUUUCGAGACUUUGUACGGCGAGGACGCGCCGAGGGCUCUGAGGAAGCAGUUGGAUCAAUUGACUGAAGUGCAGAGGAUUACGAUGAUGCAGAACCAGGAAAGGGAGAAGAGGUUUGAGAAAGAGAAAAAGGGGUCACCAACGCCCAUCACGGGAAUGACAGUUAUGUUGGAAGAGGAAUACUGAAACCCAAGGGUGCCCAGUUUUCGUGUUAUUUGAAAAUUAUUUUUUUCUGUCGGUGGCAUUGUCAAGGCGGUUCAAAGGAUAGGUAUAAGGAUAUCUGAGCGCAGGCGUUUGGGCGAGGAUGCCUUCGUAAGGCAACCUAGGUAAUCUGAGGGGUCCGCGAGAUGUGG